GGCCCGACGGACAAGCGGAGAACGAGCCCUAAAAACAUGGCGCGGUGCCCAACGAGUCCGUGACUUUGCUAGGCUAAACACCGAAAUCCUCGGACGCCGCCCGCCACUCUCUGCUCACGGUCUUCACUUUCGGCCCGGUGCUCCCGGAAAAGCGGCCACCGCUCGAGAUCACCCGAGUCUCCGCUCUGUCCACCGCGGCUCACCUCUGACCAUGGCCCGGGCCCCGGGGCACGCCGCCUCCGCCGUGCGGCUCUUCGACGCGCACUGCCACCUGCAGGACCCCCGCGUCGCGGCCGUCGCCCCCGCCCUCAUACGCGCCGCCUCCGCCUCCGGCGUCGCGCGCUUCGCUGUCAACGGCACCUCCGAGAAAGACUGGCACCUGGUGAAGCAGAUGGCCGAGGAUCACCCAGCCGUCGUCCCCUGCUUCGGCCUCCAUCCGUGGUGGGUCCCCGAGAGGUCUCCGGCUUGGAUGGAUUCGCUCCAGCGAUUCUUCGCGGAGAACCCGGAGGCGGCUGUUGGGGAGAUUGGUCUGGACAAAGGUUCACACGGGAAAACUAUCGACUUUGGAGAACAGGUUGAAGUGUUCCAGCAACAACUUGAGCUUGCUAAGGAACUGGAGAGACCUGUUUCUGUUCAUUGUGUCCGCGCCUUCGGUGAUCUUCUAGAAAUACUGAAGCAAAUUGGACCUUUCCCAGCAGGUGUAUUGUUGCAUUCGUAUCUGGGAUCUGCAGAAAUGGUGCCUGGCCUUGCAAAUUUAGGCUGUUACUUUUCAUUGUCAGGCUUCUUGACAGGCUUGAAAUCCACUAAGGCAAAGAAAAUGCUGAAAUCUAUACCCCUGGAUAGAAUUCUUUUAGAGACGGAUGCACCGGAUGCAUUGCCAAAGUUGGACGGUGUUUCUGUAUUACUAGUCCCUGUACACAGUUCGGAUUCAGAUCCACAGGCAGCUACAACAUCGGAUGACUCCUUGAACCACCCAGCUAAUAUCCAUGUUGUUUUGAAGCACGUAGCAUCACUGCUUGAAAUGCCAGAGGCAGAACUUGCUGAGGUGAGCUACAAGAAUGCUACCAAGCUAUUUUCUUAUCCUGGCUCCAAAGUUCUCCCAGAAGCUGAAUCCAUCUGAUAGGGGUCUUCACUACCGUACUCACUGGUCAGCCAAUCUCUACCAUCUUCUUCUGAUUCCUGGUAUUUUUGUUCUUCUGGAUGCUGUCUGUCUAUGGCAUGCUAGUGACUCCCAGAAACAAACAGAAAAUACUUUACUUCACUGUUAAUACAAAAACGUGACUGUUUAUAUAACAUUUUCUUGAUGUGAUUUUACA